UCCGGAAGUGUCGUUGGUUCAUUGUACCGUCGGACUGUCGGCGGGACGGUUGUGUUGUUAGCUCGAGCUCCGUUUGUCUGUCGGUGUGCGCGAGCUGCAGUCCAAUGGGAGACAGCGAUGACGAGUUCGACAGGAGGAGGCGGGACAAGUUCAGGAGAGAGAGGAGCGACAUGGAGCGGUCGAGAGAGAGAGAGGAGAGGAGGAGGGACGACUGGCCCGACAGGGACUGGGACCGCGGCAGAGAGAGGAGGCGGGACUACGAUCGAGGUCGUAGAGAGAGAUUCUCUCCCCCCCGACACAUCAGCCCUCAGCACAAACGCAUGAGGAGAGACUGGGACGACCACCGGGGGGAGCCGUACCGCUACGACCUGCCGUACGGAGGAGGGGGGGGUCCGUUCCCGGGGGCGGGGCCUCAGGGUUGGCACCCCGACCUCCCCCACCUUCACCCACACCACGGGGGGGGUCACCCGCUGCAGGGCAGGUUGGGGAUGGUGGAUCCAGACCUGCCUCCUCCCGGCCCCCCCACCAUGAGGAGCUUCAAGGAGUUCCUGUUGAACAUGGAGGACAGCGUGGACGAGACGGAGUCGGUGAAGCGCUACAAUCAGUACAAACUGGACUUCAGGCGCCAGCAGCUUCAGGACUUCUUCCUCCAGCACAAAGACCAGGAGUGGUUCCGGUCCAAGUACCAUCCCGACGACAUCACGGCGAGGAAGACCGAGUCCCUCGCCGCCCUCAAGACCCGGCUGGGCGUCUUCCUCUUCCUGCUGGACAACAACUGGCUGGAGAACAUGUCUCUGGACAUGGAGCACGCCCCCGCCAUCAUCAAACUACUGGACGCAGCGGUGAUAAAGAUGGAAGGAGGAACUGACUUCGACCUGCAGGUCCUGGAGGUACCGUCUGCUCCCGCAGCGGCCGGCGGGGAGGCGAGCUGCAGCGGAGGAGGAGGAGGAGGCGGAGGAGGAGGAGGAGGCGGCGGCGGAGGAGGAGGCGGCGGCGGAGGAGGAGGAGGAGGAGGAGGAGGCGGUGGCGGCGGGGAGAGGAGUCAGGGAGAUCUCAGCGGAGGAGCCGGUCCGACUGGCUCGGAGUCGACGGGGAGUCGGACGGAGGAGACGAGUGGUGGAGAGCCGGGGGAGACCAAAGAGUCUGAGGAGGUCAGAAGAUCAGACGGCGAGGAGGAAUCCAAGCAGAACGGAGAGGAGAAAGACGAGGACGAGGAGGAGAAGAAGGACGAAGAGGAUGAGGAGGAGGAGGAAGAGGAAGAGAAGACAACCAAGAAAGGCAGGAAGAGGAAACGCAGCGUGUCGGCUGACAGCGGCGAGGGCAGCGCCUCCGACUCUGACUCCUCCCACUCCGACGGAGAGAAGGAGGAGGACGAGGAGAAGGAGGAAGAGGAGGAGGACAGAGAGGACGAGCGCCGUAAAGAGCGAGGGAAGGAGAGAGAGGAAGCGCCAGCGAAGCCCCGCCCCCUCCAUCUCACCACAUCCCUCUUCAUCCGAAGCAUCCCGCCAGAGGUAUCGAAGGAGGAGAUCACUGCUUUGUGUCGCAGGUACCCGGGCUUCCUGCGGGUGGCGCUGUCGGACCCUCAGCCAGAGAGGAGGUUCUUCAGGCGCUGCUGGGUGACGUUUGACCGCAGUGUGAACAUAAAGGAGACCUGCUGGAACCUGCAGAACAUCAGGCUCAGAGACUGUGAACUGGCUCCGGUGGUCAACAGAGAUCUGUGUCGACGGGUUCGCACCGUUAACGGUCUGACUCACCACAAACCGGUGGUGAGGAACGACAUCCGUCUGUCGGCGCGACUCGUCCACAGUCUGGACCAGAAGGGGGAGCUGUGGGUCGGACAGAUGGAGACCAACCCCGUGCUGAAGAACAUCACUGAUUACCUCAUAGAGGAGGUGAGCGCUGAGGAGGAGGAGCUCACAGGCGCCUCGGGGGGCGGAGAUAGUGGCGACGCCAAAGACCCCGCCUCCUCCUCUGAGGUUACCGUGGAGACGGACGAGAAGCUGCUGAAGGUGCUGGACAGACUGCUGCUCUACCUGCGUCUGGUUCACUCUGUAGAUUAUUACAACUUCUGUGAGUAUCCCGCCGAGGACGAGAUGCCUCAUCGCUGCGGCCUCAUCCACGUACGAGGACCACUUCCUGUCGCCAAGAUCACUGCAGCCGAGGUGAGCGAACAUCAGAAGAUGUGUGAGGAGCGUCUGGCUCCUCUGCUGUCUCCUUCAGAGACUCUGAGUGAAGAAGACGCCGCCAGGCUGGGAAAGAAAGAGCCCGAACAAGAGGUGGAGAAGUUCCUGUCAGCCAACACUCAGGAGCUCAGUAAAGACAAGUGGCUCUGUCCUCUGAGCGGGAAGAAGUUCAAGGCCCCAGAGUUUGUGCGUAAACACAUCCUGAACAAACACGGGGACAAAGUGUCGGCCGUCAGACAGGAAGUCGUCUUCUUCAACAACUUCCUGCUGGACGCCAAGAGACCGGCUCUACCUGAGAACAAGCCCCUCCCACCGCCAGCACAAGCCACUCCCCCUGGUAUGCCAGGAUUUCCUGGUCAGUCACCACAGCAGCAAAGCCUUCUGGGAUAUCCACCUGGAGUCAGACCUCCGAUGCCUGGCUUCCCCGGUGGCGGACCCCCCUACCCUCCCAACCAGUUCGGGGGGGGUCGUGGUAACUAUGACAACUUCAGAGGUCAUUUAGGAGGAGGAGGAGGGGGAGGAGGAGGAGGAGGGUUUCCUGGAAAGCAACGAAACAGCAGGGGCGUGCGAGGGGACCCCCGGUCGAUCAUCGAGUACAGAGACCUCGACGCUCCCGAUGACCUCGACUUCUUUUAAAACCGCAGGAUGUUUUUUUUUUUAAAACCCUUUUUUUAUUCCUACAAUUCCCAUGAUUCUUUUCAUCGUCCCUCCAUCAUGUUUUGUGUGUGUGUGUGUGUGUGUGUGUGUGUGUGUGUGUGUGUGUGUGUGUGUUACUGUCAUUAGUGAAGAUGAUCUGAUUCCACUUUCCAAUAAAGAUACAGGAACACUG